GCCCUAGAGUUACCCGAACAUCAGCAAUAUAUUCGGCCAAAACCCUAGUGAAAAAUUAGGGUUUUCUCCAUUUAUUUCCUGACAGUUUUCUCUUCACUUCCGCCUCUCUUCCUCUCUCUCUUUCUCUCUCCAAAAAAAAAAAUGGCACCAAAGAAAGAUAGUAAACCACCACCAUCAUCGAAGCCUGCUAAAUCUGGAGGAAAGCAGAAGAAGAAGAAGUGGAGUAAAGGAAAGCAAAAGGAAAAAGUGAACAAUUUGGUGUUGUUUGAUAACGCAACUUUUGACAAACUUUGUUCUGAAGCUGCUAAACAGAAGGUUGUUACUGCUGCUACUCUUUCUGAGCGUUUCAGGAUCAAUGGAUCUCUUGCAAGGAGGGCCAUCAGAGAGCUUGUGACAAGGGGUUCUAUCAAGAUGGUUGCCCAUCAUUCCAGCUUACAGAUCUACACCAGAUCAACCAACGAGAAAGUUAACCCUGCUGCUGCUUAAGUGCUUUCUCUUUAAUCAUGUCUUAAGAACUUAUGGUUUGCUAGGAUGUUUCCUGCAAGUUUUGUUUCUGAUAUUAUAGUUUAGUUUUGACAAUUCUGUUCCCGUAUAUUUUUCUUUGAGGCAAAAUACUCAAUUAGAACUCUUAUUAGCCUUUGAGAAAUAUUUGCUUUGAUUGUUGAA